AUGAUGAAGUACAAAGAUCUUACCUUCUAUCUGUUCUCCCUUACUCUGACUUUGAUCUCCACUGUUACUCCAUCCGCCAUCAAAAAGUCAGUCCCCUUGCCUGAAAUCCACCGCAUCAAGUCACUCAAAUUUGAGUUCACCGAUUCAAUUGGCUCCAUCGAAUGGGAUUUGGAUCUCGCACAAGUUGCCGAGAAAGCUCUGGAGUUAAAAUCUUUCAUCAAACUGGAUAUCCAUGCGACCGAACCAAUCAAAUUCGCGAUCAAAAAAUGCAGGAACAUCGUGUUAGCCAAGUCAUCCGGCUUCUAUAACAACACACUUUAUAUCGAUGUUCCAUGGCUGGAAUUUUUUCUGAAUGAAGCCAAUAAACCGUGCUUAAAGGGACCUCAUGAACUUUCACUUGAAGUCAACUUUGGGUACAAAGGGACAUCCGGAUACUUUUCUUUCUCAGAGUCUACCUUCACUCCUCACGAUCCCUCACCAAAGCAGACCACUUCCAUUCAAUUCACCAAUUUGUACAGUGGAAUGAUCUCAAUGAAGAAUUUGCUUAGAAAAGCGCUCAUUGACCGCCGGAUCACCACCCUGAUAGCCAUUGUCUCCGAAACAGUGGAAGUCAAAUUUGGAAAAUGCGGAGUGGACGAUCGAAUCUUUGAUAUGAAAAAAGAUACUCCACUUUUAUUCCGUGGAGAGCUCUUGGAUCAUCUCUACCGACUCAAUUUUCUGUACUGUGACGGGGAGCCCUGGAAGUGGAUGUUCAACCUCACUAUCUCUUCCCCAAACUCCACUGGUUUCAUUGCUUUCGACGUGGUGAAGAACAAGAAUCCACGUGAAAACUUCACCCUCGUCUCGGCUGUACUCAUUUUAUUAGUGCUCUUCCUUAUUCUCGUCUGGUGUUUCGUUGGACUCCUUUUCUUGCAAGCCAUAAGGGAUUCCAUGAGAAUGAAAGAAACGGCUAAGAUCUUCCAUCAAAUGAAGUAUUCUGCAUUUGAGAGGGAGCUCCAGGAUAUCAACGGAUCGGUUGAUCUUCCACAGACCUCGACGACACUCACAAUGGAUGGAACCGGAAAAGAGUAG